AUGGCGACCGACAGCGAUACGCUGAUCGUCAUUCUCCUUUGGCUUCUGUAUGUUUGCCUCCAUGUCUGCUUCAACUACUGCGAGCGUCGCACGCUGCUCCGGGCCGAGGAACUGGAGGCUCGAGAAAGUGCGCAGUCAGCGGCUGCGCGCCUAAAUAGUCAACAGAGGAGCUCUCAGCGCGGAAUCGGUGCCUCCGGUGACACCAUGGCCCCCAUCGCCGUCAUCGUCCUUGGCGCCGAAAGGGACCCGCACACGAGCCUCGACGAACCGUGUGAGGGUGCCAUCGUACCAGACGCGAACGGGCGCAUGCCUGUGUUGACAGAGCAAGCCCACUACGGCGAGGCAGCAUACACGAAUCGUUCGGAGGACGGUUGUGCCGCAGAUCCGGAGAAGGUAGUAUAG